AUGCAAAACCAAAAAUUCGUUUACCCAGUCUCAUCACCCUACCAAGUUGUAAUCAAAUCUAAAAGAAUUGGAUAUAUUGGUAGAAGGUUUCAAAGAGAUAUGCCAAUAGAGCUUAGACCAUAUAUUUCAGAGGAAAGAUACCAAAAAACAAUUAGAUAUUUAGAAAAUGUUUCAAAAUAUACUUAUAUUGGCCAAGUAAUUUCAUUUCUACCCUCAAUUAUUAUCGGUGUGGUAAUGGUUGGUGUUGGUGAAACUAAAAAAACCGAAACAACAACUCCAAUUUAUUGGUAUAUUGGUAUUAUCAUUUUAGGUAUCUCUUUUAUUUAUAUUUUUAUUGCAUUAGCAACAUUUAGAUCAAAGUAUAUUAAAAACUUAGCUUAUGCAGUACAAAAGUGUCACACUGAAUAUAAUAAUGAAUUUGGCAUUAGUUGGACAUUAAAAUAUGUUGAUUUUAGAAAUAGAAAGAACAAAAAUAGACAAAAGUUAUGGUGUGAAUUAACAAUACCAAACAAUGCAACAUUACAACAACCAAUACCUCAUCCCAAUGCUUAUCCAAAUCAAAAUGAUCAGCAACAACAGCAGCAACAACAAACCCAAUACAUUCCAAUGAACUAUUAUUACUCGACUCAACCACAACAGCAAUAUGUUUAUCCUGGCACAGGUUUACAACUAGGUAAUGGAAAUAAUGGUCAACAACCUCAAAAUAUAAAUCAACCAUACUAUAGCUAUCCAAAUUCAAACUCUGUUGUAAUUCCAAUUGAUAAUCAACCCUCAGAUGAUGCCAAACCUGUUCAAUUAUCAAAAAAUAUUUAA